AGUGCUUAAUUUUGCCUUGUAAUGGAUAUAUUGGUAAAUCUCGAUCGAAACACCACCUCUCCCUCCCCGCCUUCCUCAAAACUCUUCACUCUUUUAUCUUCAAUAACAUAUGCGUCUUCAUUUGUGUUAGGGAAUAUCCAAAAUGCAGAAGAAAGAACCCCAAGCACUUGAUUACUGGAUCGAAACCUCUGAUGCAGUUGCUCGCCAAUUUAAAUUCGAAGCGGAUGGCCGUCUCUCUGUGAAGGUUAUUGAUGACUCAAGGCCUGUACUCCCUAGAAUAGUGGAGUCAUUCUUGAAUCAAUUUUUUCCAUCUGGAUACCCAUACAGUGUGAACGAGGGUUACUUAAGAUACUCACAAUUCCGAGCAUUGCAACACUUAACAAGUGCUACUCUAUCUGUGCUAUCUACUCAGUCACUGCUAUUUGCUGCAGGCUUGCGACCUACCCCUGCACAGGCAACUGUUGUGAGUUGGAUUUUAAAGGAUGGGAUGCAGCAUGUAGGAAAGCUAAUAUGUAGUAAUAUGGGUGCACGAAUGGAUUCAGAGCCAAAAAGUUGGAGGAUACUGGCUGACGUUCUCUAUGACUUUGGUACUGGCUUGGAAGUUCUUUCUCCAUUAUGUCCACAUCUUUUUCUUGAAAUGGCUGGCCUUGGAAAUUUUGCAAAGGGAAUGGCAGUUGUGGCUGCAAGAGCCACAAGAUUACCUAUAUAUUCUUCGUUUGCUAAAGAAGGGAACCUCAGUGAUCUAUUUGCAAAAGGAGAGGCUAUCUCAACUCUAUUCAAUGUUGUAGGAAUGGGCGCAGGCAUUCAACUGGCAUCUACUGUAUGUUCAUCAGUACAGGGAAAGUUGAUUGUUGCUCCUCUUCUUUCCAUCAUACAUGUUUACUGUGUGGCUGAAGAAAUGCGGGCAACUCCUAUUAACACGUUGAAUCCGCGGCGGACUGCGAUGGUUGUAGCCAAUUUUCUCAAGACAGGGAAGAUAUCAAGCCCUGCAGACUUGAGAUACAUGGAAAAUCUUUUCUUCCCUGGGAGAGCCAUAGAAGAUGCUGGAAGUGUGAAGGUGGGCAGGGAUCUACAUAAGGUUGUCAAACCUUCAAAACUUAGUGAACUGAGAGAGAUGUUCCCUGAGGAGAAGUUUCUUAUAAAUUGCGGAACUAAAUGGACUGACAUUGUGCUGGAGCACAGUGCAACAGGUGAGGAUGCAUUGAAGGGGUGGUUGGUUGCUGCAUAUGCUGCAAGCAUGGAAAAAUCAAGCCAUGGGACAAAGGAAAUUCUCUUACUAGAGUCUUAUGAGAAAAUUGAAAGCUUGUUCCCUUCGUUUUUGUCUGAACUGAAGAUGAAGGGAUGGCAUACUGAUCGUUUUCUGGAUGGAACAGGGAGCCGUUUUGCUUGGUAACGGUAUGCAAUUCCUUUAAAACCCUAUUUAUUCCAAGUCCUUUCAAAACUCAAACUGUAUGGAUGAUGUGGUGAGGAGUUCUUAAAAUUCAAAAUGGGUGCAUUUCAGAAGGUCUUUCUGCCAGUUUAUUAAAAAAGGCUAGGGCAUUUCUGUUAGAUUUGUUACUCUGGUAUUUGUAUGGUUUUAUUCGAUAUUUGACUUUCUAGUUAGAUUGUUGAAUCCUUGUUUAUAUAAUUUGAUGGUACUGAAAUUGUUUUUGACAUUUUUUCCUACAUCAAAGAAAAGAGUAAAUGAAAAGAAUUUCAACCUCAUGAUGUAAUGUCAUUACAUUUUCUAGGAGGAUGUGAAAUACUUUACUUUGAAAUAUACAAACUUCUGCU